AUGGGCUUCUUUUCUGCUGCCAAAACAGCGUUCGCCCCCGUGGGGCUUCUUCUAAAUCAGCAGCGUGGCAUAGCCAAGUUGGGUUUUUUGGCUCCGUUCGAAGGAGCCACCAAGAGCAUCAAAAGAGUCGGAAGAGGUCAGGCCUCUGGUUUGGGUAAAACUUCCGGAAGGGGUCAGAAAGGUCAGAAAGCUCGUGGAAAGGUUCCUCGUUGGUUUGAAGGUGGCCAGACGCCGUACUUCAAGAGAUUCCCCAUCGUUGGUUUCAAGAGACCCCACAAGAGAGUGUACAACGACUUGAACUUGGAAAAAGUGCAGCAUUUCUGGGAGAAGGGCCGUAUUCCUUUGAAGGAGGGCGACGUGCUAGACUACAAAGUCAUGCGGGAGUGUGGCCUCGUCACGGGUACCGUCAAGGACGGCGUGAAGCUUUUGGGUAACGGUAAGGAAACAUACAAUGUGCCUUUGAACAUUGAGGCUACCAGAGCUUCUACCGGUGCCAUCAAUGCCGUGGAGAGAACGGGGCACACCUACACUUCCGUGUAUCGCACCAAGCUUGGUUUGCAAGCGUUCUUGAACCCAGACAGAUUCCUUUUAAGGAAGGGCUAUGUUCCUCUUCAAGCCAGACCUAUGCACAAGAGAGACAUUGCGUACUACCUGAGCGAAGAGAGACGUGGUUACUUGCUCAAGGACAGACUGAUCUUUUUGGACCAGGUGGAGGCCGUGCAGAGCAAGAUGGCCAACAAAACCAAGAGAAUCCAGAGAAAGACCGAGUUGGAGCGCCAGUUGGACAGCGCCUCGUCCAAGGCCCACAACGACUUUGCCCAGUCCCGUGUGGUGGACUUGGCUAGCCUUUGA